AUGACCGAGGGCACGUUGGCGGCAGACGAGGUCCGGGUGCCCCUGGCUGCGCUGCCCCCGGGCCCUGCGGCGGCAGCGGGGUCUUCUCCGGGAAGCCCCGGGGUUCCGGGGCGCGUGGAGGAGCUGGGGUCCGGCCCCGACACGUCGCCCCCCGAGAGCCCAGCAGCCGGGCGCACCGCGGAGCCGGGCGCCGACGAGGAGCAGCCCGUCCCGUACCCGGCGCUGGCGGCCACGGUCUUCUUCUGUCUCGGGCAGACCACGCGGCCGCGCAGCUGGUGCCUCCGCCUAGUCUGUAACCCGUGGUUCGAGCACGUCAGUAUGUUGGUCAUCCUGCUCAAUUGCGUGACCCUUGGCAUGUUCCGGCCCUGUGAGGACGUCCAGUGCCGCUCAGAGCGCUGCAACAUCCUCGAGGCCUUUGAUGACUUCAUCUUCGCCUUCUUCGCUGUGGAGAUGAUCAUUAAGAUGAUAGCCCUGGGCCUGUUUGGACAGAAGUGCUAUCUGGGCGACACGUGGAACCGGCUGGAUUUCUUCAUAGUCAUGGCGGGUAUGAUGGAGUACUCUCUGGAUGGGCACAACGUGAGUCUCUCAGCCAUCCGAACGGUGCGCGUGCUGCGGCCGCUCCGCGCCAUCAACCGCGUGCCUAGCAUGCGCAUUCUGGUCACUCUGCUGCUGGAUACACUGCCCAUGCUGGGGAACGUCCUUCUCCUCUGCUUCUUCGUCUUCUUCAUCUUCGGCAUCGUUGGUGUGCAGCUCUGGGCGGGCCUGCUGCGUAACCGCUGCUUCCUGGACAGCGCCUUAGCUAGGAAUGACAACUUGAGCUUCCUGCGGCCAUACUACCAGCCAGAGGAGGGCGAGGAAAACCCUUUCAUCUGCUCUUCGCACCGGGACAACGGGAUGCAGAAGUGUUCCCACAUUCCCAGCCGCCGAGAGCUACGCCGUGAGUGCACGCUGGCAUGGGAGGCUGAAGGCUCGGAGCCAGUCAGCCGCAACGGCUGCAUCAACUGGAACCAGUAUUACAAUGUGUGUCGCUCUGGGGGCGCCAACCCCCACAACGGCGCCAUCAACUUCGACAACAUCGGCUACGCCUGGAUUGCCAUCUUCCAGGUAAUCACACUGGAGGGCUGGGUGGACAUCAUGUACUACGUCAUGGACGCCCACUCCUUCUAUAACUUCAUCUACUUCAUUCUGCUCAUCAUUGUGGGCUCCUUCUUCAUGAUCAACCUGUGCCUGGUGGUGAUCGCCACCCAGUUCUCGGAGACCAAGCAGCGGGAGAACCAGCUGAUGCGAGAGCAGCGGGCCCGUUACCUCAGCAAUGACAGUACACUAGCCAGCUUCUCAGAGCCUGGAAGCUGUUAUGAAGAGCUGCUCAAGUAUGUGGGCCACGUGGUGCGCAAGGUCCGGAGGCGUGGCCUGCGCCUCUACACUCGCUGGCAGAGCCGCUGGCGUCAGCACGUGGACCCCGAUGCAGCAGUCCCCGGCCAGGAUUCUGGCCGGCGGCGGGGUCGGACUGGCCGGCGCAUGGCCUCCAUCCACCACCUGGUCUAUCACCAUCACCACCACCACCACCACCACUACCACUUCAGCCACACCAGCCCACGCCGGCCAGGCAACCGUGACUGUAGGCUCGUGCGUGCCAGUGUCAGCGCCCCGCCCCCACCCACGCCCGCUCCCGGGCCGCCCGACGCCGUGCACAGUGUCUACCACGCCGACUGCCACGUGGAGGGGCCGCAGGAGCGGGCCCAGGCAACCCACGCCGCGGCCACUGCUGCUGCUGGCCUCAAGUUGGCUGCGGGUCUGGGAGCCAUGAACUAUCCCACCAUCCUGCCCUCCGUGGACAGCAACAAGGGCAGCACCAACCCGGGGCCCAAGGGGCUGCUGGGCAGCGGGGUGCACAGCCCCACGGGCCUGGGUGUCCCUGAUCCCUAUGAGAAGAUCCAGCACUUGGUCGGGGAGCAUGGCCUGGGCCGGACCCCCAACCGCCUGUCGGGUCUGAGCGUGCCCUGCCCACUGCCCAGCCCCCGGGCAGGCACGCUGACCUGUGAGCUCAAGAGCUGCCCCUACUGCACCAGUGCCUUCAACAACCCCGAGCUGGAGCUCAGCGGUUCUGAGAGCGGAGACUCAGACAGCAACGGCGUCUACGAGUUCACACAAGACGUGCGACGUAGUGACCGCCGAGACCCCCUGCAGACACCUACCACUGAAACACCAGGCCAGGAAGGUGGCUCACCGCAGCAGCGGGCACACGGGCAGGCAGCGGGCAAGCUGGGUGGGCCAGGCCGUCUUUGGGCUGCGUUCAGUGGCAAGCUGCGACAUAUUGUGGACAGCAAGUACUUCAACCGCGGCAUCAUGGUGGCCAUCCUGGUCAACACACUGAGCAUGGGCGUCGAGUACCACGAACAGCCCGACGAGCUGACCAGUGCUCUGGAGAUCAGCAACGUGGUCUUCACCAGCCUUUUCGCCUUGGAGAUGCUGCUGAAGUUGCUGGCCUGCGGGCCGCUGGGCUACAUCCGAAACCCGUAUAACAUCUUCGAUGGGGUCAUUGUGGUCAUCAGUGUCUGGGAGAUCAUCGGGCAGGCAGACGGUGGUCUGUCAGUGCUGCGGACCUUCCGGCUGCUGCGGGUGCUGAAGCUGGUGCGCUUUAUGCCAGCGCUGCGGCGGCAACUCGUGGUGCUCAUGAAGACCAUGGACAACGUGGCCACCUUCUGCAUGCUGCUCAUGCUCUUCAUCUUCAUUUUCAGCAUCCUAGGUAUGCACCUUUUUGGCUGUAAGUUCAGUCUGAAGACUGACACAGGGGACACCAUCCCCGACAGGAAGAACUUUGACUCCCUGCUCUGGGCCAUAGUCACCGUGUUCCAGAUCCUCACGCAGGAAGACUGGAAUGUGGUCCUCUACAAUGGCAUGGCGUCCACUUCCUCUUGGGCCGCCCUCUACUUCGUGGCCCUGAUGACCUUUGGCAACUACGUGCUCUUCAACUUGCUGGUGGCCAUUCUGGUGGAGGGUUUCCAGGCAGAGGGCGACGCCAGCAGGUCUGACACAGAAGAAGACAAGACGUCAGCACAGUUGGACGAGGACCUGGACAAGCUCAGAGGCCUGAGGGCAGCAGAGUUGAAGAUGUAUUCGCUGGCGAUGACCCCCAACGGGCACCUGGAGGGCCGGGGCAGCCUGCCCCCUCCCCUCAUCAUGCGUACAGCGGCCACCCCUAUGCCCACUCCCAAGGGGUCCCCCCACCUGGACUCGGCCCCUGGGCUGCUGGAAUCUCGGCGCAGCAGCAGCGGCUCUGUGGACCCCCAGCUGGGAGACCAAAAGUCUCUGUCUAGCCUUCGCAGCUCGCCCUGCGCCCACUGGGGUCCCAACGGCACCUGGAACAGCCGACGCUCCAGCUGGAACAGCCUGGGCCGCGCACCCAGCCUCAAACGCCGGAGCCAGUGUGGUGAACGUGAGUCUCUGCUGUCAGGCGAGGGCCGGGGCAGCACGGAUGAUGAGGCUGAGGACAGCAGGUCUGGCACAGGGACCUCCCCCGGAAGCUGUACCACCCCACCGCAGCGCGCCGAGUCCCUAGACCACCGUAGCACUCUGGACCUCCAGCCCCCGAGACCAGUCGCCCUCCUGCCCACCAAGUUCCAGGACUGCAAUGGGCAGACAAUGGCCCUGCCCAAUGAGUUUUUCCUGCGUAUUGACAGCCACAAAGAGGACCCUGCCGAGUUUGAGGACGACGUGGAAGAUAGCUGCUGCUUCCGACUGCGCGCGGUACUAGGCCGCCAUAAACCCGAGUGGUGCCGCCGCCGCGAGUCCUGGGCGCUCUACGUCUUCUCACCGCAGAACCGCUUCCGAGUCGUCUGCCAGAAGGUCAUCGCCCACAAGAUGUUUGACCACGUGGUGCUGGUCUUCAUCUUCCUCAAUUGCAUCACGAUCGCUCUGGAGCGGCCGGACAUUGACCCUGGCAGUACUGAACGCGUCUUCCUCAGCGUGUCCAACUACAUCUUCACGGCGACCUUCGUGACGGAGAUGAUGGUGAAGGUGGUGGCCCUGGGCCUGGUUUCUGGUGAGCAUGCCUACCUGCAAAGCAGCUGGAACCUACUGGAUGGCCUGCUGGUCCUAGUGUCCCUGGUGGACAUCGUGGUGGCAAUGGCCUCAGCCGGUGGCGCCAAGAUCCUGGGUGUCCUGCGUGUGCUGCGGCUGCUUCGGACACUGCGACCCCUCAGGGUCAUCAGCCGCGCCCCGGGUCUGAAGCUGGUAGUGGAGACCCUCAUCUCGUCCCUCAGGCCCAUCGGGAACAUUGUUCUCAUCUGCUGCGCCUUUUUCAUCAUCUUCGGCAUUCUGGGUGUGCAGCUCUUUAAGGGCAAAUUCUACUACUGUGAAGGCACCGACACCAGGAAUAUUUCUACCAAGGCCGAGUGCCAGGCCGCCCACUACCGCUGGGUGCGACGCAAGUACAACUUUGAUAACCUGGGCCAGGCCCUCAUGUCCCUGUUUGUGCUUUCGUCCAAGGACGGCUGGGUGAACAUCAUGUAUGAUGGGCUGGACGCCGUGGGCAUCGACCAGCAGCCGGUGCGGAACCACAAUCCCUGGAUGUUGCUGUACUUCAUCUCUUUCCUGCUUAUCGUCAGCUUCUUUGUGCUCAACAUGUUUGUGGGCGUCGUGGUGGAGAACUUUCACAAGUGCCGGCAGCACCAGGAGGCUGAGGAGGCGCGGCGGCGGGAGGAGAAGCGGCUGCGACGCCUAGAACGGAGGCGACGGAGCACAUUGCCCAACCCAGAAGCCCAGCGCCGACCCUACUACGCUGACUACUCACCCGCCCGCCGCACUGUUCACUCCCUCUGCACCAGCCACUACCUCGAUCUCUUCAUUACCUUCAUCAUCGGGGUCAACGUCAUCACCAUGUCCAUGGAACACUACGACCAACCCAAGGCCCUGGAUGAAGCCCUCAAGUACUGCAACUACGUGUUCACCAUCGUCUUCGUAGUUGAGGCUGUGCUGAAGCUGGUGGCUUUCGGCUUCAGGCGAUUCUUCAAGGACAGGUGGAACCAGCUGGACGUGGCCAUUGUGCUGCUGUCCAUCAUGGGCAUCACGUUGGAGGAGAUUGAGAUGAACGCUGCCCUGCCCAUCAACCCCACCAUCAUCCGCAUCAUGCGUGUGCUACGCAUCGCCCGGGUGUUGAAGCUGCUCAAGAUGGCCGUGGGCAUGCGGGCACUGCUGGACACAGUGGUUCAAGCCCUGCCCCAGGUAGGGAACCUUGGCCUCCUUUUCAUGCUCCUGUUUUUUAUCUAUGCUGCGCUGGGAGUGGAGCUGUUCGGGAGGCUAGAUUGCAGCGAGGACAACCCCUGCGAGGGUCUGAGCAGACAUGCCACCUUCACCAACUUUGGCAUGGCCUUUCUCACGCUGUUCCGAGUGUCCACAGGUGACAACUGGAACGGGAUCAUGAAGGACACGCUCCGGGAGUGUGUGCGCGAGGACAAGCACUGUUUCAGCUACCUGCCGGUCAUUUCGCCCGUCUAUUUCGUCACCUUCGUGCUGGUCGCGCAGUUCGUGCUGGUCAAUGUGGUGGUGGCCGUGCUCAUGAAGCACCUGGAAGAAAGCAACAAGGAGGCGCGCGAGGACGCGGAGCUAGAUGCAGAGCUGGAAUUGGAGAUGGCCCGCGCGCCCCCAGCCACUACCAAUGAGAGCCCAGGUGCAGAGGCCCUGAACUUGCUGGUGGUGCGCAAGGUGUCGGUGUCCCGCAUGCUCUCGCUGCCCAACGACAGCUACAUGUUCCGGCCUGUGGCCCCGGCCUCCCCGCAGCCUCUGCAGAAGGUGGAGAUGGAGACGUACGCAGGCACCGUUCCCUCUGCCAGCUCACCACCCGGGGAGCCCGGUGCCACCCUCCAGGUCCCUCCAGAGUCACUGCCUCUGAGGAGCCCAGCUACACCUUGCUGUGGGAGGAGCAGCGACACCCUGCGGAGCCCCUCCCCCCAGGCCUUGCCCCACUCCCCCAGCCUCAGCCGACUACUCUGCAGACAGGAGGCCUUCCGUACUGACUCCCUGGAAGGACAAAUCGAAGGCUCUCGCGACAGUACCUUGGGCCCUGGAGAGUCUGGAGAGAAGACUGCAGCCAAGCCAGUAUCUUUGGGGACUUCCCUGCAGACUCCACCCCGAUCCCCAAGGCCUGCCAGUGUGCGAACCCGACGACACACAUUCGGACAGCGCUGCGUGGUCAGCCGACUGCCAGGCGCCGACGAGGCCACAGACCCGGCUGAUGAGGAGGUGCGGCACAUCACCAGCACUGCCCGACCGUGGCCACCGGAGCACCAUAGUCCGGAGGCCUCACCCGCCCCCUCCCCGGCAGCCCGAGGGGGCCUGCGCCACCUCCGAAGUGCUGAUGGCUGGGGCUGUCGGGCAGGACCAGGCAGGGUGGAUGGGCAGAGGCAGCUGGGCUCAGAUCCAGGUGGGGACAGUGGGCGUGAUGAGACCCCGGAGGUUGAAUUGACCCUGGGCGCGCGACGCAAGAAGAAAAUGAGCCCCCCCUGCAUCUCCAUCGACCCUCCUGUGGAGGACGAGGGCGGCGGCCGGCCCCCCACGACUGAGGGAGGCAACACGACCCUGCGGCGGAGAACACCAUCUUGUGAGGCCUUCCCAGGCAUGGCUGCACCCCACAGGGACCCCCUGGAGCCUGUAGAGGGCCCAGGGACUGGGGUGGACCCUGCAAGCAAGGGAGAGCGCUGGGGCCAGACCCUGGCCCGAGCAGAACACCUGACUGUCCCAAACUUUGCCUUUGAGCCACUGGACGUGGGGGCCCCUGGUGGGGGUCCCUUUUUGGACAGUGGUCAGUGUGCAGGCCCAGAACCUUGUGCAUCCUCCUUGGGGACCACGGUGUCUCUGGGACCUCACAAUGUAGAACUGCCUGUGAUUUCCAGUGACCCCCCAGAGAAGGGGCAGGGGGUGCUCCUCAUGGUUCCCCAGAGCCCCUUAAAGAAACAAGGGUCCCCCCCAGUUACCCCGGCUCCUGAUGACAGCCUGGAGGAGCCCGUUUAG